GAAAAAAAUAAAUAAAUAAAUUUGGUGGGGGGUGUGAAAAUGGAAAGAGAAAGAGACAGGGGCAAGUCUGCAUUUUUAUUUGGAUUUUUCGAUAGAAGCAGAAAGCAAAGAGAGAGAGAGAAGCAACUAUCAAAGCUAAAGCCUUUUUUUAGUCCCUCAAAACACAACUUUGGUUUUAUAGCAAAAUUGUUUUUUCUUUGUGUGUGGGGGUGGUGCGUAGGAUAAGCAGUGUAUGGGUGUAGUUUAAGACCACCUCUCCUCCUUGAUUUUGCUCCUUUCUUGGGCUAUGGUGUAGUUGAUUUGAGGUCUAGCUCAUUUCUUGACUUGGGUGUUGCUUGUUUUCUUGAUUUGAGGUCUAAAAACGCACUGUAAGUGUAGUGUGUGUAGUCAUUUUAGCUCAUUGCUUGACUUGGGUGUUGCUUGUUUUCUUGGUUUGAGGUGUAAAACACACUGAAGGGGUAGUGUGUGUGGUCAUUUUAGCUCAUUGCUUGACUUGGGUGUUGCUUGUUUUCUUGAUUUGAGGUCUAAAACACACUGAAAGUGUAGUGUGUGAAGUCAUUUUAGCUCAUUUAUUGAUUUGGGUCCUGCUUGUUUUCUUGAUUGGAGGUGGCUAUCUAGCUACUUGGUUAACUACUACAAUGGCAGCUGCUGUGCAGUUUAGAGGAGUUUUUCUUGUUGUUUUCAUGUUGUGGGGUUGUUUGAUUUCAUUGUCUUGUACUGCUGCUAGGCUAUCUGUUUCAAGGCAGAAACUUGAGAUUGAGAAACACUUGAAAAGGGUCAACAAACCUCCCAUUAAAAGCAUCCAGAGUGCAGAUGGGGAUAUCAUUGACUGUGUCCACAUCUCACAGCAACCUGCUUUUGACCACCCAUUCCUCAAAGAUCACAAAAUCCAGAUGAGGCCUAGCUACCACCCAGAAGGGCUUUAUGAUGAGGACAAAAUGGCCACAAGGUCCAAAGAGAGUACUAAUCCCAUCACUCAGUUGUGGCAUAUGAAUGGAAGAUGCCCUGAGGACAGUAUUCCUGUAAGGAGAACAAAGAAAGAUGAUAUUUUGAGGUCAAGUUCUGUCAAAAGGUAUGGUAAGAAGAAGCAUAGAGCUAUCCCUAAGCCAAGGUCUGCAGAUCCUGACCUUACCAAUGAAAGUGGCCAUCAGCAUGCAAUAGCUUAUGUUGAAGGAGACAAGUAUUAUGGUGCUAAGGCAACUAUUAAUGUGUGGGAACCCAAAGUACAGCAGUCAAAUGAGUUUAGCUUGUCUCAGCUUUGGAUUCUUGGUGGUUCUUUUGGUGAAGAUCUAAAUAGUAUUGAAGCUGGUUGGCAGGUUAGCCCUGACCUCUAUGGUGACAAUAACACAAGACUAUUCACUUACUGGACUAGUGAUGCAUAUCAAGCAACAGGCUGCUACAAUCUUCUAUGCUCAGGUUUCAUUCAAGUCAGCAGUGCUAUAGCUAUGGGUGCAAGCAUUUCCCCAGUUUCAGCCUUUAGAAACUCCCAGUAUGAUAUCAGUAUUCUUAUCUGGAAGGAUCCAAAAGAAGGACAUUGGUGGAUGCAAUUUGGAAAUGACUAUGUAUUAGGAUAUUGGCCAUCUUUCUUGUUCUCCUAUUUGGCUGAGAGUGCAUCCAUGAUAGAGUGGGGUGGGGAAGUUGUGAAUUCACAACCAGAUGGUAAACAUACAGCUACACAAAUGGGAAGUGGUAGAUUCCCAGAAGAAGGUUUUGGCAAGUCAAGUUAUUUCAGAAACAUUCAAGUAGUUGACAGCUCAAACAAUCUUAAAUCUCCAAAAGAUCUUGGCACUUUCACUGAACAAUCCAACUGUUAUGAUGUCCAAACAGGAAGUAAUGAAGAUUGGGGUCAUCACUUUUACUAUGGAGGCCCUGGUAGAAACCCCAACUGUCAAUGAAGCAAUACAAAAAGAUAAUAGCCUCACCCACCCUUGUAAAAUUUAAUCUAGUCUAAUGCUCCUCUCUUUAUUAUAUACCCUUUUGGUUUUCUUGAUUUUUUAGGUUUGAGUUAGCAGUAAAAAUGUGAACUUUUUUCUGUAGUGGGAAGUUUUGAUCCUUUUGCUUUUUUUUUUUUUCACCUUGAAAGGUUCUCCCAUGUAAGUGAAUGGGAAAGUGUUGCCUAGUUUCUCAAAAAAGCUUGAAAGAAACAAAAGGCCUUUUGUCAUCUUCUUCUUUUUUUUUUUUUUUUUUUUUUUUUUUACUAUUUGUUUAUGUACUCCACUCCGCUCUUUGGAGUAUUGUCACUCAAUGGAUAAUCAAAUGUAUCCUCUACUGGUUUUCAUUUUGCAA